UCAUUAGUAAUGAAUUAUGACACCACUGUAAAAGGUAAAACUAUGAGGAACCUACGAGAAUUGGGUUCAACUACUAUGUAUGGUAGAGACAUGGAAGGAAGCCCUGAUCAGGAGCCAAAAUAUCCAUCAGCUUUACUGGCAACUGCUGGAUUAGAUGACAAAAUAUACAUAUGGCAUCCAGAGACAGGGGACAUUUACAAAGAGUAUGACCUUGAUCCACAGAUUGAUUCACAAGUUAACUGCCUUAAAUUUUCUGGAGACGGCAGACUGUUAGCAGUGACGGGAUAUGAAGUAAUCAAAGUGUAUGAUGUCCACUCCAACAGGCCUCUUACCAAUAUGAGCAACAAUUCUGAUUCAAACAGCAAAAAUAUCACAUGUGUCAAUUUCGCAACGACAGAUAACACAAGCUUAAUUACAGGUGGAGAAGAUGGUUAUUGUAGACUGUGGCAAUUUCCAAGACGAAACCUAAAGCAGACAAGAGAGGUGAAUUGCUCCCUAUACGGAGUCAUCAACUGCUUGACAACCAAACAUCCUGAUUUUAAUGCAGUUGUCGGAACUCAGUCAGGUUACAUAUUAGGGUUAAAUGUUUCAGAUGACCGGGUAACAAAACUGCUUCACAAAAAGGCAUUGGGAAUUCAGUCAAUAGACUGCUAUGUUGAUAAACACACUUUGAGAGUUGUCGCUAUGACAAAUACAGGACAUUUGCUAUCUCAUUAUAAUGGUGAGUGGACAGACAGAAAGGUGCACGAAAAGUUUGGUCUCUGUUGUGUUUUAUCUCCUGAUGGGCAGUUUUUAGCAACUGGAGGUUCAGAUGCAAAGAUCCGAUUGUUUAGGCUUGAAGAGAACAAUAUUUUUGAGCUAAACACCCUUUGUGACUCGAAGUUGAAGUGGAUUUGGUGUCUACAAUUUUCAUUUGACAGUCAGUUUUUGUUUGUGUCCUCCAGUGACGGAGUUGUACAGAUGUGGAGCCUACGGGACUGGACCAUUAAAAGGAACUAUCGGGGACACAAGAAAUCUGUGGUGUCUCUGUCUCUGUUUGAAUAUCGUCAAAAGCACACACGUGAUCAUCAAGGUUUAUGAUAGAUUAUUGUUUAUAUAGCCCUGCAAUGUUAUAUCUAGGUUUUAAAUGAUUAUUGGUACGGCGUGGUCAAUAAUAUUUUAAGAUUUUAGUGGGUUAGAUAGAUCCAACGAUUUCGGUAGGUAUGUUGAUUUUAGGCAAAGUGUAAUAGGUAUUGGAUAGAGGCCUUUUCUUAUAUUUUGAUAUUGUUAAUGUUUGAUGUUUAUAGGUAGUAGGUACCAAAGGUAAAUGACAUGGUUUGUUACGCUAUUAUUGGUACCGAGAUUAUUUUUGGCACAGUUACAGGAGCUUGCAUGUGUGGAUUAAGUAUGAUUGUUAGAUGUAUCACGUGACCGGUAUUGGUGGAAGGAUGCUGGUAUAUUGAGCAGCAAGCUCUAUUCUAUUAAGCUCAUUUGAAAUCAUGUGAAAUUUUGAUAUUUUUACGGUAUUUAAUCGUAUCUUUUAAGAAUCUAUAAUGAUUUGGUCCCCCAAUCACUUGUCAAAAAGUCAAAAUAUCGAAGUUCUGAUUAAUAUUUUUUGAAUAUUAUAUUGAUGAUCUCUUGAAGCUACCUUUUGAAAAGAAGACAGAUAAUAUUGAACAUAAAUAUUUUUAAAGAUGAAUAUAAAUUUAUUAAGCUUACUGACAUCUAAAUGAAGCAAUUACAUCGUGUUGAUCAUUUAAUUUAUUUUUCAAUUUGAAACGUUCAGUUGAGU